AUGGUGUCCCUCUGGCCAUGGAAGGGCUCUGGUACUUCACCAGCGGAGUUCGAAAAGACUCUAUCCACCUUAUCUGCGAAGAUCGCGCGGGCAACUACCCGACUGGACGGCUACAGACAACGCUCGCGACGAUAUAGGGUCUUAUGGACCUUGUAUACCUCCUUCGCAUACCUUCUCUACUCGAUCAUCGUCACACUCGUGCUCGGAUGGCAAAAUUGGGGCCCUUGCGAAUACUCCACUGUGGCAGGUGGGCCGGUUUUGAUUUACGUUGUUCGGCUAGGCCUAGAUAAGUAUUACCAGUACCGCAUCUCCGGCACGCACAGCCAUCUUGAUGAGCUACACAAGCAGCGGGAUGCAACUAUUGAGAAACUCAAGGAGGCUACGAGGUACAACUCCACCCAACAACUGUUGGAGAAGUAUGGUGGGGACUCACCCAAGCGUCCCGAGACUCAGCAGGGCACAGCUUCCGGAGUAGAAGGACCAGUAGCUAGUAAAAAGAGAGACCCGCGAAUGAGAGCGUCGCUCCCUCUACCAGCCGCAGGUGGGAGAACGGGAAUCCCUCCCCCCCCAACGGCAAACAUCCCACGAAUGCAACCAGGCUCGGUGCCGACAACCCCCAUUCGAUCUCCACCUAUGCACGACCAACGCAGGAUACUACGCCCAUCUAACUUAAAUCCGAAUACCAACCAACCAGGACAGUUGGCUCAGGGCAAUUCUCCCUCCGUGGACGAACCUGGCUUCGCUCCCAAUGCCUUCCCACCUUCUCAACCCCAACAACUUCACGCCUCCCAACUUCAACCUCACUGGUACGACAGAAUCCUCGACGUCCUACUAGGCGAAGAUGAAACACUCGCGAAGAACCGUCUUGCACUGAUAUGCACUCAAUGCCGCCUGGUCAACGGCCAAGCUGCACCGGGCGUCCGGAGCCUUGAAGAGAUCGGCCGCUGGCGCUGCGGUUCAUGCGGCGCCUUGAACGGUGAAGAAAGUGAAACAACAAAAGCUCUCACGGGCAUCCAGGAAGCUGCAGCUGCAAGCGCCUCAGCAACUGUCACAACAACUCACCGUAGCCGCAGUAGUGAAGACAACGCUGGCGCCUGUGGCGGCCAGGCUGCCCGCAGCUGGGAUCGGAACAAGAGCGAUCAUGCACGUCUAAUUCAUGAAGUUUCCCAGGCAUCUAGACCUGGUUCAAGAGGGGGUGAGAACGGGGCAUGGGACCCCGUUUCGGGGCAGAGAAGUCUCAUUGGCGAGAUGGGGUCUGGGAAUUCUUCCGUGGGGAAAGGGAUGGAUGCGGGCGUGAGUACGCUCGUUGACUCCACGAGUAGCGAAGGGGAGGAAUAUUAUGAUGACGAUGAGGAUAUUGAGGAUUCCGAUGAAGUUGAGGUGGAAGUGAAGGAGGCGCAUGACGGAGAUCAAGCGACAGGAGGUGGAGGCAAGGGCGCUCACAAACGAAGGAGCGGGUCAAACAAGAAGAUGUUCGGGAACGCGGGCCUGCAUCCAAGCUCAGCUGCAGAGUCCGGUAAUGGAAUAUCCACCCGGACGCGUUCGAAGUCACCGCGAAUAACGCCAGAGGCCUAA